GGCCGACGGGCGACACGCAAGCGCUACAACAGGUAGGUUAACAUUCACGGUCCGUCGCAUUUGGUGCUUCUAUGCGCUCUCCGUCGCGGCCCUAACAUCGACACCUUCCGCGAUAAAAUGUCCGAGGAUCUGUGACCGGUGACCGUGUGUGAUUCAACCAAGUGUCCGUUUAUCCAAGUGAUUGUGAUAUGACGAGGACGAGCGCCGGCAUUUGAUCGUGCAACACAGCGGAUCUUAACGGUAAAUUUUGUUAACCGACUGCGUGACCUGCUGCUGUUUACAACGCGGUCAGGUGAUCGGAGCCGAUACGUUACAGUGGUGCUGGGUUCGAUUAAUAAGAUCGAGCCGGUGACCACAUGUCGGCGCCAUCAUGGUGAUCGUUACCAGAGGUGAUUACAUAUGGAUCGAGCCGGUGUCCGGGCGCGAGUUCGACGUGGCCAUCGGCGCGCGCGUGCUCGCGGCCGAGGGCCGGCGGAUCCGCGUGCGCGACGACGAUGGCCAGGAGCAAUGGCUGCCACCGGAGCGUCGCAUCAAGGCCAUGCACGCGACCUCCGUGCACGGCGUCGAGGACAUGAUCUCACUCGGCGACUUGCAUGAAGCUGGCAUCCUUAGGAAUCUCCUCAUUCGGUACAAUGAGAAUCUCAUCUAUACUUAUACGGGUUCAAUAUUGGUAGCGGUGAAUCCAUACCAAAUAUUACCAAUUUACACAGCGGACCAAAUUAAGUUAUACAAAGAAAGAAAAAUUGGCGAACUGCCGCCACACAUCUUCGCUAUAGGCGACAACGCGUAUGCGCACAUGCGUCGAUAUGGCCAGGAUCAGUGCAUUGUCAUCAGUGGUGAAUCAGGAGCAGGCAAGACUGAAUCCACUAAAUUGAUUCUGCAGUACCUCGCAGCUAUUAGUGGGAAACAUUCUUGGAUAGAACAACAGAUCCUGGAAGCCAAUCCAAUUCUAGAAGCCUUCGGUAAUGCAAAAACCGUGCGUAACGACAACUCGUCCCGUUUCGGAAAAUACAUAGACAUCCACUUCAACAGCAAUGGUGUUAUAGAGGGUGCCAAAAUAGAACAAUACUUAUUAGAAAAAUCUAGAAUAGUCUUCCAAGGGACCGACGAAAGGAACUAUCAUGUAUUCUAUUGCUUAUUAGCUGGUCUAUCUAAAGAAGAAAAGAAAAAGCUAGACUUAGGGGAACCUUCAGAAUACCGGUAUUUAUCAGGAGGUAACAGCUUCACGUGUGAAGGCAGAGACGAUGCAGCGGAAUUUGCGGAUAUCCGGUCUGCGAUGAAAGUUUUGCUAUUUACCGAAUCCGAAAUAUGGGAUAUAUUAAAACUGUUAGCCGCUGUAUUGCACUGUGGUAACAUCAAAUACGAAGCAACUGUCGUAGACAAUUUAGAUGCAACUGAAAUCAUAGAACAAGCUAAUGUUAAAAGAGUAGCAAGUUUAUUAGGAGUGCCAACUCAGACGUUGAUCCAAGCCUUAACAAGAAAAACAUUAUUUGCUCACGGAGAAACCGUUGUGUCAACACUGAGUAGAGAGCAGUCUGUUGAUAUUAGAGAUGCUUUUGUCAAAGGAAUUUACGGGCGCCUGUUCGUGACCAUCGUACGAAAAAUAAAUGCAGCCAUUUAUAAACCCAAAGCAACCAUGCGGACGGCUAUAGGGGUUCUCGAUAUAUUCGGUUUCGAAAAUUUUGAUCAUAACAGUUUCGAGCAGUUCUGUAUAAAUUUUGCCAACGAAAAUCUCCAACAGUUCUUUGUCCGACAUAUUUUCAAACUAGAACAAGAAGAAUACAAUCACGAGGGCAUAAAUUGGCAACAUAUAGAAUUCGUCGACAAUCAAGACGCCUUAGAUUUGAUUGCCCUGAAACAGUUGAACAUAAUGGCUUUAAUAGAUGAGGAAUCAAAAUUUCCGAAAGGCACAGAUCAAACUAUGCUAGCUAAACUACAUAAAACUCACGGCUUUCACAGAAACUACCUCAAACCGAAAUCUGAUAUAAACACAAGCUUCGGUUUGAACCAUUUCGCCGGUGUAGUCUUCUACGAUACUCGUGGUUUCCUUGAAAAGAAUCGAGACACUUUUAGCGCUGACUUGUUACAGUUGAUUCAUAUUUCAACAAAUAAGUUCCUCCAACAAAUAUUCCAGGAAGACAUUAUCAUGGGAUCUGAAACACGAAAACGAACCCCAACGCUAUCGACUCAGUUCAAGAAAUCUUUGGACUUGUUAAUGAGAACUUUAGGCACCUGCCAGCCAUUCUUCAUUCGUUGUAUAAAGCCAAAUGAAUUUAAGAAGCCAAUGAUGUUCGAUCGAGGCCUCUGCUGUAGACAACUGAGGUAUUCUGGAAUGAUGGAAACCAUUCGAAUUAGGAGAGCCGGAUAUCCAAUUCGGCACAGUUUUAAAGAGUUCGUUGAAAGAUACAGAUUUUUGAUAUCAGGAGUGCCUCCGGCCCAUAAGACAGACUGCCGGGCUGCAACCGCGAAGAUUUGUGCUACAGUGCUCGGUAAAUCUGACUACCAGUUGGGUCAUACCAAAGUCUUUCUGAAAGACGCACAUGACUUGUUCCUUGAGCAAGAAAGAGAUAGAGUGCUAACGAGGAAAAUAUUGAUACUACAAAGGUCCAUUCGAGGGUGGGUGUACAGGAGAAGAUUUUUAAAAAUGAGAGCAGCUGCCGUUUUGAUUCAGCGGCAUUGGCGAGGGAAGCUGCAAAGAAUUCGGUAUAACAGGAUGAAGGUGGGGUAUGCGAGGUUGCAAGCACUGAUUCGUGCGAGAGUGCUGGCUCAUCGGUUCCGACAUUUACGUGGACACAUUGUUUCGUUACAAGCUGCAGCACGUGGUUACCUAGUGCGUCGCUCCUACGGUCACAAGAUGUGGGCAAUCGUCAAGAUCCAGAGCCACGCUCGGCGUCUGAUCGCCAUGCGGCGCUACCGGCGACUGAAGCAAGAAGCCAUCGCCCACAACGAGGCCUUGCGACUGCGCAGGCAGGAAGAGCAGAGGUUGCAGCACCAGGGCAACACGCGUGCUAAGGAGAUUGCGGAACAGAACUACAGGGAACGCAUGUAUGAGUUGGAGCGUCGCGAGGCUGAAUUGGCUCUUGAAGAAAAGCGACAAUUAGAAGCGAAGAGGACUUUAUUACAAGAAGCAGCAAGAAAACAGGACGAGCCUGUUGAUGACAGUAAACUAGUGGAAGCGAUGUUCGACUUCUUACCAGAUUCCAGUAGUGAAGCACCAGCGCCUAAAGACACGUCAGUGUUUAGUGAUCUACCGCAACUAAGAGCUGAUCAACAAGAGAUGGUGACGCCAAUGCAAACAACAUCAGAAGAUGAAGAGGACCUUUCAGAAUUUAAGUUCCAAAAAUUUGCUGCAACUUAUUUCCAAGGCAACGUUACACAUCAGUACUCUAGAAAACCACUGAAACAUCCAUUGUUGCCUUUACACACACAGGGAGAUCAAUUAGCUGCCCAAGCAUUAUGGAUUACUAUUCUACGUUUUACUGGAGAUCUUCCAGAACCAAGAUACCACACUAUGGACAGAGAUAAUACCUCAGUGAUGUCGAAAGUAACUGCAACACUAGGCCGAAACUUUAUCAGAUCGAAAGAAUUCCAGGAAGCGCAAAUGAUGGGCGUUGACCCUGAAGCUUAUCUUAACAAACAAAAGCCAAGAUCGAUAAGACAUAAACUCGUUUCACUAACACUGAAGAGGAAAAAUAAACUCGGGGAAGAUGUCAGACGGAAGUUACAGGAUGAGGAGUAUACAGCUGAUAGUUAUCAAUCGUGGCUUGAAUCCCGACCGACAUCAAAUUUAGAGAAACUCCAUUUUAUAAUCGGACAUGGAAUUUUGCGCGCCGAGUUGAGGGAUGAAAUAUACUGCCAGAUAUGCAAACAGUUAACAAAUAACCCAUCCAAGUCAUCGCACGCACGUGGUUGGAUUUUAUUAUCAUUGUGUGUCGGGUGUUUUGCUCCUAGUGAAAAAUUUGUAAACUAUCUUAGAGCAUUUAUAAGAGAAGGCCCUCCUGGUUAUGCGCCUUAUUGUGAAGACCGCCUUAAGAGAACUUUUAACAAUGGGACAAGAAAUCAACCGCCAUCCUGGUUAGAGCUACAAGCAACAAAAUCUAAGAAACCUAUAAUGUUGCCCAUUACUUUCAUGGACGGUAACACGAAAACAUUGUUAGCCGAUUCAGCGACUACUGCAAGAGAAUUAUGCAAUCAAUUGUCAGAUAAAAUCGCCUUACGUGACCAGUUUGGUUUUUCCUUAUACAUAGCACUAUUUGAUAAAGUCAGUUCACUUGGCAGUGGAGGUGAUCACGUAAUGGAUGCAAUAUCACAGUGUGAACAGUAUGCCAAAGAACAAGGAGCGCAGGAACGAAAUGCCCCGUGGAGACUAUUCUUCAGAAAGGAAAUAUUUGCUCCAUGGCAUGAUCCUACAGAAGAUCAAGUGGCAACUAAUCUAAUCUAUCAACAAGUAGUUAGAGGGGUAAAAUUUGGAGAGUACAGAUGCGAUAAAGAAGAAGACUUAGCAAUGAUUGCCGCCCAGCAGUAUUACAUAGAAUAUGGACAGGAUAUGAACACAGAACGCCUUUACACAUUAUUGCCAAAUUACAUCCCAGAUUACUGUCUGACAGGGGUUGAAAAAGCCGUUGAUCGAUGGGGUGCACUUGUAGUACAAGCAUACAAAAAGAGUUACUACGUCAAAGAAAAAGUUCCUGCAUAUAGAGUGAAAGAAGACGUAGUUAGCUACGCAAAAUUCAAAUGGCCUUUACUAUUCUCGAGGUUCUACGAAGCAUAUAGAAAUUCAGGACCUAAUUUGCCUAAGAACGACGUAAUUAUUGCGGUCAACUGGACUGGAGUUUAUGUUGUCGAUGAUCAGGAACAAGUUUUACUUGAAUUAUCGUUCCCAGAAAUAACAACAGUUGCAAGUCAAAAAACUAAUAAAGUGUUUACACAAACCUUUAGCUUGUCUACGGUUCGUGGUGAAGAGUUUACAUUCCAAAGUCCAAAUGCUGAGGACAUUCGUGAUCUCGUUGUUUAUUUCUUAGAAGGCCUCAAGAAAAGAUCAAAAUUUGUUAUCGCCUUACAAGAUUACAAAGCGCCAGGAGAGGGUUCUAGUUUUUUGACUUUCCAAAAAGGAGAUCUGAUUAUUUUAGAAGAGGACAGUACAGGAGAAUCGGUGCUAAAUAAUGGAUGGUGUAUCGGUCGUUGUGAAAGAACUAUGGAAAGAGGAGAUUUUCCUGCAGAAACCGUAUACGUGCUUCCCGCUCUCACUAAGCCUCCUGCAGAAAUUUUGACUCUGUUUUGUCAAGAAGGUGCAUCACAUGGUCGGCGUGCACCUACUAGCACAUUUAACGGAACAGAAACCAGGGACAAACCGCAUACUUUGUUAGAAUAUGCUUUGGAUCACUUCAGAUUACCACCAAAGCGUACAACAUCUAAAGCCCUGACAUUGUCGACAGCGAAAAGAGGAGCUGAAGAAUUAUGGCGACAUUCCCGGGAGCCUAUCAAGCAACCUUUACUAAAGAAAUUGCAGGCCAAAGAAGAAUUAGCAGAAGAAGCUUGUUUUGCUUUCGCAGCUAUUGUCAAAUAUAUGGGGGACCUUCCUUCAAAACGUCCUCGAAUAGGGAACGAAUAUACAGAUCAUAUUUUUGAUGGCCCACUAAAACACGAAAUUUUAAGAGACGAAAUAUAUUGCCAAAUCAUGAAACAAUUGACUGAUAAUAGAAACAGAAUGUCUGAAGAAAGAGGGUGGGAACUGAUGUGGCUUGCUACUGGAUUAUUCGCGUGUAGUCAAGGUCUACUAAGAGAAUUAACUUUAUUCCUUAGGACAAGAAGAUAUCCAAUAGCCCAAGAUUCCUUGCAAAGACUCCAGAAAACUUUACGGAACGGCCAAAGAAAGUAUCCCCCUCAUCAAGUGGAAGUAGAAGCAAUUCAACACAAAACCACCCAAAUAUUCCACAAGGUAUAUUUCCCCGAUGACACAGAUGAAGCAUUUGAAGUCGAUUCAUCAACGAGGGCAAAGGACUUUUGUCAAAACAUUGCACAGAGACUGAAUCUCAGAUCUAGUGAAGGUUUUAGUUUAUUUGUUAAAAUAGCUGAUAAAGUUAUAUCAGUGCCAGAAGGUGACUUUUUCUUCGACUUCGUGCGCCACCUAACUGAUUGGAUCAAAAAAGCACGACCAACAAGAGAUGGCAUAACACCCCAAUUCACGUAUCAGGUGUUCUUCAUGAAAAAAUUAUGGACAAAUACAGUGCCGGGUAAAGACCGAGCCGCGGAUGUGAUAUUCCAUUUCCACCAAGAGUUGCCAAAACUCCUACGUGGCUACCACCGCUGCGGGCGUGAAGAAGCUGCACGACUAGCUGCUUUAGCCUAUAGGGCACGCUUCGGUGACAACAAGCAGGAGCUGCAGGCUAUCCCACAAAUGAUUCGUGAGUUAGUACCAGCAGACCUAAUCAAGCUGCAAAGUUCGGCCGACUGGAAGCGAGCAAUAGUGGCAUCGUACAACCAGGACGCUGGAAUGACACCCGAAGAUGCCAAGAUUACUUUCCUCAAGGUCAUAUAUCGGUGGCCUACCUUCGGCUCGGCCUUCUUCGAGGUGAAGCAAACCACGGAGCCUAACUAUCCGGAGUUACUACUGAUCGCCAUCAACAAGCAUGGUGUUAGCUUAAUUCAUCCACAGUCAAAGGAUAUUCUGGUCACACAUCCGUUCACAAGGAUUUCAAACUGGUCAUCUGGUAACACAUACUUCCACAUGACGAUAGGCAACCUCGUGCGCGGCUCCAAGCUGCUCUGCGAAACGUCUCUCGGUUAUAAAAUGGACGAUUUGCUCACUUCAUACAUUUCCCUUAUGCUCACCAACAUGAACAAGCAACGAUCAAUCCGGGUGAAAUAGAAAUAUCGAUAGUGUCACGUUUUAGCAUGAAAAUUAUAAUCAUAGGCUCUUACUCACUACGACAGCUUGCGGCCUACCAAAUUAUUGUGUUGUGCGACAUACGAUGAUCCGACUUAUAUGCAUGUGGGCACACUAUCUUAGCCCGUCGUAGUUGCUUUCUGAUGCACUGUAACGGCCGAGAUACUAUUGGUCAGUCGGCAUCCCAAUCCAGAAUGCGUUGCGACAACAUAGUAGUUUGUUUGAUUCUUAGAUACGCCAGGAUUGGUCUAUCAUCAUGGCAGCAACCAGAGAUGUUGCAACACACAGCAGUUUGUUUGCCUCAUCACACUCGUAACUGCAAUUCGUAAUGUCAAACGUCAGUUUCUGUAUGAAGAGGUGCCCAAUGUGACCUCAUAAAAUGCAGUAAUGUUAGAGAAUUAGGGCCGAGAGAGGAUAGUGUAACUUUACAGUAUCGUCGGGAAAGAGAAAAAGAAUUUAAAAAGAAUUUUCUAUCCCUUUUCCGUCCAUACUAAAUGACAGAUUUACGCAGAGUUAACGUUAACAUGAAAAGUUACACUAGUGCUUCAGGACUAUGUCCAAAUUACCUUUUAAGGAUUUAGGGACUUUUAUAAUGCUUAGUAAUAGUUGGUCUCGCUUUUUGGCGAUGUAUUUAAUAUUAUAUGGAUGCUUGAAUAAAAAAAAAAUUGUGUUCACAUUGUGUAAUUGUGUGGAUAUUAAAAUUUAUAUACAUAGUACUAAAGUUUUCAUAUUUAUCAUCAUGUGCAUUGUGCAGGGCACUUAAUAUUAUGCUUUAUUCGACAUACAAUGUUCUAAUUUGUGUGAUUUCAGAUGUUACAAUUUGGCACUUACUAAGUUUUGAUUUGAGGCAGUCCGUUUUAAAAGUUAAUUUAUACGAUUAUUAAGUAUAUUAAUGAUUACUGAAUAUAAAGAGUUUAAGAUUUAUAAAUAAAAUUACCUAAGCUCUAAUAUAGGUAAUAUUAUAAUGUUAUGUAUUAUUAAUUUAUAAAAAUCCGUCCAAAACAAAUUAAGUAAAUUAAUGUUUUUCACAAUAAUGUUUCUUCAAUAGAACGUAAACGUCCAAAUUAAACUGUUCUAUGUAAGUAGAAUAACUAAUAUUAAACAAUUUAUUAUAAAAUAAAUUUAAAACUAUUUAAUAACGUUGUAACAAAUAAAGAUAGAUUGGUAGGUAAAUAAGAAUCAAUGCAAAAAUAAAUAAACGUAUUAGUAAUAAGCAAUAAUAAUUUUUUCCGUUCUUGGCAAAUGAAAAACACAGACUAAAGUAUCUAGGUAAACAAAACAAAUAAAACAUCUAACUGACGCUAGAGGUCAACGAACGUUGCGUAGACAGAUGCCGCGGGGUCAAUGCCUAGUCUUAGAUGGGGCAUUGACCCCGGAGAUUGGGGUUGAUGGGAACGUACGCAUGCACGGACAUAUUUUGCGACGCGCCCGUUGCUGCUGUUGUCACCCACAAUUUCACCUACUGAAGACGUUUCUUGCGGGUUUUACAUGUCUCUCGGAUGUGUGUGUAAUUAUUAAUUUUAUUCUAAUCUGUUAUUUAUUAAAAUGACGAAACAAAAAUAGUGAGUUGAAUCCUUACGUGCGGUUAAAGUAAAACUAAAAGCCGAUUUAAACCAAGCACAUACACGUGCUUGAAUCCGUAGACAUAUCUGCACGCAUUACGUCUACGCGAACGUUCAUGCCACGCAAGCGGUAUGCCAUGUCUCAUACAGUUCCAUAAAUUACAACGCAAUGGUACGCGCUACGUCUACGCUUACGCGAUGCAUACGCGGCCUGUGUGGCCGGCGCUUAAAUGGAAGUAACCUGAACGUUGCUUCCGUCCGUAAAAAAAAUUGAGUUACUUCUAAGUCGCGCCUAGACUCUAGAGCAGUUUUACUUUAAGUAAAAGUAAAAAAGUAUAAAUCCUACCCACUUAAAACCAGACCAGAAAUAUAAAACUUGCUCUGGGGCCGCCACUAGUAUAAAUGGUCUUGUUUAGGUAUAUUAGUUCCACGGGUUUUCCACAAUAUUGCGAGGUACUUUAUUUUCUGGCCAGGCUUUACUUAUGUUAAUUUUGUAUACAAAGCGGACGCAAACUGAACGGAAUAACCUAAAUUUAAUAAUAACGCUAUCAUUAAAAAUUUAACAGAAUAAACAAAUUGUAUUUAUUUAUACAUAUAACUAUAUAUAAAAUAUAUAUGUUAACUUGUAAAAUUAUUGAUGUUAUGCCAUGUUUGGAGACAAUUUUUCGUAUGUUUGUUGUAUUUUGCUUAAAAUAAAAGUUGUAUUUGUGCGUGGUUGUAAACAUGAGUCACAAUGA